AUGCCUGUGGACCCAUGCCAAGCCCGAUUGCCCGCCCUCACUUCCAAACCAAGUCCUUCGUCCACCACCCGGUUACGCCGAGGACACGCGCCCCAAGUCCUUGCCACAGCACUCGAAAUGCCUGCCAGACUGCGCGGCACGCUUCAAAGGAGCAUUGCGCGCCCCCUGGACAGCGCCGGUAUAUUCUACUGCCAAUCUUGCACAACAUGGCGGCGAGCACUCUCAACGCGUGCCAGCAUUAACAAGAUUGCGCCCGCGCGCCGAAGCGAUCGCCUUAUAUCCUCGAUCACCUCCUCUCGACCCAUCACAACUUCCACAGCCGUAUCUACGGUUCCGCCGCGGUUCAAGGAGCUGCAUGAUGCUUUGAGCGGAAUAAAGGAUGCGACCAUUGAGCAGGUUAGCGUGAGUCGGUUGCAGCUCGCUCUGCGGGGAUUGGAAUCAGAAACACCUUUGAUUCGUAUUGCGGUCCUUGGUCUUGACAACGCUGGUUCUGCUCGGAAACUUGUUCGAUUACUUCUUGCUGAUCCUUUGGGUCCGCGCGAGGACUGGGAGGAUACUCUGGAGGCCUAUGAGUCUGAUCCUUCUCAAGGAUUGCUGAUUCGAUAUGGCGAGAUUUCGGAGUCUAUUCCUAAUGACUUGCUUCCUACAAUCGCGGUCCAAUCAUCACUUUUGAAGAAGGGCAACCUGGAGGUUCUUGUCAGUUCCAUCGGCUCGGAGUCGAACUCUACUCGGACGACACUAGAUGCCGACACUUUCCUCGUACCUACUGUCACUAUCGAAACACCACACCCGGGCCGGAAUAACAUUGUGCGGUAUCCCGUACACCGGAGUAUUGUAUGCGGAAGUGGCGUGGAUGGAUUGCUAGCAUUCAGCUCUCUCAUGGGCCAGUCAGACCUAAAGAAUGAGGUGGAAUCUGUCCGUGGUGCUAUCGAGCUUUCCGUGGAGAACAAGAACGCUGGUGACGGCCGGCUCUCCUUUGUGGACAUUGAGCGUGCGACAAAGGCUCUCGAUCGCAUUCGGGAGUCGGUGCAAAAUGCCAUCGAGUAUGAGCGUGGCUGGUCUGGAAGUGGUGUACAGCCUACGAUUGAUUGGCUUGCUUCUACCUCCCAGGUGACCAAGGAGGGCGCAUUGAAUCCUGCCUUAGUCCCAUUAAUCGAGUCUCUGCUUGAUGCUGCGGACGAGGGCGUUCUUGCCCGAGAUGCCAAGGCUCUUGAAGGUCAGGCCAUUGGGGUUCCCUCAGAGAACGUCCGAUUCGAGCUUGAACGCGGGGUCGUUAAUUGGGCGGAGCGUGCACACUCAGAGCUACGUAGCUCCCUCGAGGCAGGCUUCGCUAGUCCACGGUGGCGGGGUCUGGCAUGGUGGAAGCUAUUCUGGCGCGUCGACGACGUAGGCAUGAUCACGUCCGAGAUCUUAGAGAAGCGUUUCCUGCGCCGCGCAGAGCAGGAGGCAAUUUGGUCCUCGGGCCAAUACGAGCAGGCUGGCCUGCUAAACGACCCGAAACCCGCUCCACCUCCAGACUCGGCUUCAGAGUCCACCCCUGAGCAAUCUACUCCGCCUCCAUGGCCAACUCAGAUCCCCGAUAUGCGCAACAAGCUUCUCACAACCACCGUCCCCUCCCUUCAAGCCCUUGCUCAGAGCCUGGUGCUCUUUAGCGUCUCCACUACGACCCUCACCUCCGCCCUCUCUGCUCUCACUUACCUGUCUAUCCCCUCUGCCUCUGUGUACGAAUCAUGUACCCUUGCCGCAGUCGGUCUUAUCUAUUCUCUGCGUCGGCAGCAGAAGAAAUGGGUUGCUGCCCGUGGCUUCUGGGAAGAUGAGGUCCGGGAAGAGGGUCGGGCAUCUCUACGUGAGACUGAAGAUCUCAUGCGAAAGACCGUUCGCGAAGGCGGAAAGGAAGUUGAGGUUUUGACAGAUCACCGUGCACGGGAGGCGGUUGAUCGGGCUAAGAAGGCUUUGGCUGAGAUUAAGGCUUGA